GCCAGGGCUUACGAGCUGAAGAAGCGUCGUGAGGACGAGCGAAAAGCCGUAGUCCAGGAGAAGCUCUACCAGCAGUGGCGGGCAGGCCUCGAUGACCUCCGCACCAUGGACUCCAAGAUUGUGGAGCUGCAGACCAUUGCAGACAGGGACUUCCAGCUGGAUGACAAGGCGCUGCGCAAGGCGGAGGAGAAGGGCAUCGAUGACUUCUACGCCAAGCUUUGGUAUGAGGGCUACCUUGCCAAGAUCGAGCGCGAAGAGCGUGAGAAGGCUCUGAAAGAAGAGCGCAAUGAUGUGCAGAAGAAAACAUUAGGCAUCCAGCUGGACAUGAAGAAGGAACGAUUGGAUCAAGACAAGGAGGAAGAAGCCAUAGAGGCAGAGCGCAUGAAGAAGCUCUGGGCGCAGCAGGAGGUUGAGGAGAAGGAAGCGGUCGUCCAAUCCAGAGUUCAUGCCAAAGAGGAGAGACGAAAGGCGGAUGAGUACAUGGCCAUUCAGCAGGCGCAAAGGGCUGAAGAGGAGCGAGUCGAGAAGGAGUUUGACAAGAACUUUGUCAACGGAGUCCUGGAACGAGAGCGCCAAAUUGCUGAGCAGGAGGAGGCUGAGAAGCUCAAGGCGAAGAGGAAGGCCAUGGAGUUUACUGAAGCUCUCAAGCUCGAGAUGGCGCGAAAGGCAGCUAGCGAGGAGGAGCUUUUGCGCUUGCAAGAUGAAGAGUCCGAGCGCCAGUGGCAGAAGCGCUACGCUCAGUGGGAGAAGGAAGAGCUGGCCCGCCGCUCUCUCAUGGAGGAGGUCUACCAUGAUCGUGCUGAGCAAGUGAAGUUGAAACAUCAGCUCCGAGAGCAGGUCAAGGCAGACAUUGAGAAGGAGCGAGGCCAGAUUGAGCAGGAGAUGCUUCGCCUGGAGGAGAUCGAGAAGCAGCGUGAGGAGGGCGAGAAGUUGGUGUCUUUGAGGCACCAGGAGGAGCUCUUCCGCCAGAUGGACUUCCACCAGGUGCAGCGCCACCGCCAGCUCCAGCAGCAUGCCAUUGAGCAGCGUCAGGCGGCUAUUGCGGAGGAGAAGAUUCGUCGCGCCGUGGAGCAGGAGAAGAAGAAGGCGAACGCCAUCAUGACAGAGGUCAUGGAGAAGCGGCAGGCGGCCGCUGCAGCGAAGCUGGUCAAGGCUCCCUGGGACAGGUAA